GGAAUUUAAAUCUAUUUUUCAAAUUAAAAAAUCAGAAAAAUGAGCUGGAUAUCUAAGAAAUUCGGUUCAGUUAAGACUGUUAAAACAAUCAUUACCAUAGUUAAGCCCAAUUUACAAACUUUUGUGAAAUAUGCUAAAGUGGAGUUAACUCCACCCAAGUUUUCUGAUUUGCCAGAAAUAAAAAACGAGAUAUCUAAAAUGAUACAAACAGCUCGAACUGGAUGUUGGAAAAAUGUUACGGUCAAGGAUGCUACUCUCAGUUCAUUCAUUGCUCUCGAAAUAUAUAUGUGGUUCUUCGUCGGUGAAUGUAUAGGAAAGAGGCACUUGAUUGGAUAUGACAUCAUAUUAUAAAUGUAUU